GAUUGGCUGUCGGUUGCAGAAGCAGAAGUCCCGCGUGCAGUUGUCGUGUGCUGCUGUUAAUCAGUUUUACUUUAUAAUCAUUACAGUUCGUAGCAAUAUUAAGAUCCAUGGAUUUUUAAACAAAGGUGAAUAAAAAGUUAUUACUGUUAGGUGAAAUUUGUGUAACCGGAUUACGUAUGUAAUUUUUCUCAGCUGGAUUUUUACCUCAAGUUUCAUAUACAUUGUAUAUCCGUUUUUAAACAACGGGAUCUUAAGAGUCUUAUCAGUAAAUAAGAAAUAUAUAUUUAAAACUUUCACACUGAGAAGAGUUCAAAGAGUUCAGCAUCGACACAAAUACAUAUGAUGAAGAGACAUUUUAAAACUGUUGUGGUUUCCGAAUGGAUUUUACCACACAGUGGAUCGUAAGGAUGGUACCCUUUGUGAAAUGUGAAUCUAAUAUUGUCAGCUUGAACAUUAACCUUAUGGAACGCAAUAAAAUAUGGCCAGAAUUGGAUUUUAUUUAAAGAUCCUGGAAUUCCUUGAGAUACUUCUUCUGCUACCUCUUAUACUUAAAGUUACUAGCUAUUCAUACAAGCGCAUGACCGCUGAACCAACAUUUUUGAACACACCAAGAAACGUUACCGUCCACAUGAAUGAAUUAGCACAACUCCAGUGUAGAAUCAAAAACUUGGGUCCGAAACAGGUGGCAUGGCGAAAAGUGUCAAUGGAUUGGCCAUUGACGGUUGGUAUUGUGACAUUUGACCCUAAGGAAGAUAUAAGUGUUAGUUACAAGGAUCUUAAAAAACAAGAAGAGGGAUUGACACAAUGGGACUUAAUAAUUAAACAUGCUAAGCCUAGACAUACGGGAAUGUAUGAGUGUCAGAUCAGCGCUAAAAAUGUUUACACUCACUAUGUUUACCUUAAAGUGAUAGACACGCCAUUAGUUGUCAAUCCAGCAAUAGCUAUGUAUGGUACUAAAUUUAUCAACCUUCAUGAACCUAUCAAAUUAGUAUGCAAUGCAACAGGUGGCACUCGUGCGCCGUCACUCAUAGACUGGUUCUUUAAUGGUCACAUGAUACGUGGACGAGAUCCAAGAUGGAAGUCGAGACUACGUAUAAAUGAUUAUGUGCCUGAUGUACCUGGCAGAAUGCUUGUUAGUGAAUUGACUAUAGACUAUAGCAUAUUUGCGGAUAAAGGCAAAUAUGUUUGCCGAAGUUUCGCAAUGAACAAUUUUUACACCACAAGUUUGGAUAUAUCAGUUCUAAAUACAGAGAAAGAACACGGAAAGAGAGCAGAUACAAAGAAAUAUUCAUCGACAACGGACGAAAAUCCAAACUCUGGAUAUUCAGCUAAUCCAUCAACAGGUUUAAUUGCUUUGACUUUCGUUACGUUGUUUAUAUUACUUAGGUAAUAUGUUUAACUUGAGAUUUUCAAUGUUGCAAUAUUGUUUUCACAAUUCUAAUGCAAUGAAAAGUAGCAUGUUCAAAUACUUUGUGAUUUAUUUUCAAUAUGGAUGGUCAGUAAGAAUGGCUAUUUCACUCGAAUUAAAGGGACACGAAAUGUGAAAAAAGCUUGUGAAAUGGAACCGUAGUACCUGUUUACAGAGAAAUGAUGUUAAAUGUUAUGGUUGUGUUCAUAUUUGUGUUUGUUGAUUUUUAUUUGUUUCUCGCUGCAUUAUGAUUGAAUAUGAUUCAUGUAUAUGUUUUGUCAGCUAAAGAUUUUGUUAGACGAUUACAAAUUUUAAAGACAUUCAAAAUUUCACAAAACUAUAAUUAUAUAAAUUCAUUAGAUAUUUUAUAUCAGUUGGGUUUUUUUUUCUAAGUUAUGCUUAAAUUGUUUCUGUAUGAACAAAAGCUGAGUUGUUUUUACCCAUUUCACACUUGUAAUAGACUACAUAUUGAACUGGAAAGCAAUUCAUAAUUAUGACAAUAACUUUCGAUCAUAAACAACAGCUUUACGGGUGUUAUAUUUAUAGUAUAUGGUCAUACCUCUUUAUAUAUAUUUUGACCAUUUGUACAUGUAGUCGUAUUUCACAUAACUAUUUAGUGUUCCGGACAGAAAUGUGUUAUUCCUGAUCAUUUCACAUUAUAAGAAGUCUAAACAAUGUUAUACUCAGAUGGCAGCAGGACUUUGACCUUUGAACCCUUCGAAAGCGACUUUUCCAGAGAGAACACUUAAUUGAUUGUGCUCUAAUAAACCUACUCCUUAAUCUAUUUUUGUAUGGUUACUUCUACUUCUUUUAAAAAAUUUGAUCCCGAUAUAUUCGGUACUUGUAGAAGUAGAAAGUUGUUAUUAUUAUCAAAGUAUACCAAUUUCACAAAUACAUGUUGUAAUUUUCUGUUUAAAUCUGAUUUAUAUCACAAAUUUUGUACAGAUUUUGUACCUCUACUUGUAUGUAAUUAAAUGUGUCAGAAAUUUCACAACUGUUUACAUUUCUGGGUCGACUUGAGGAGUCGCCCAGAUUCAGCUUUAUCUAAUAGUUUUGUAUUAUUUUGGGAUACAAUCGUGCAUGUAUUCUAAUAUUCUGAAAUAUUUGUAAACAAUUUAUAUCAUGUAAAAUUACUUUUAGUCUCACAUCAUUUUGUUACCAAUGACUAAAUUAUUUUAUAUACCUUAGAACGCAGUUUAUUUCUCUAGAACACCUGAUAUUAGAUGAUUUAUGAAUACUAAAAUAGAUGAGAUUUACAUAGAAGGAGAAGGAAAUAAAUUUACAAUUGUUAUAUAAUUGUCCAUACAUCACAAUAAAGUUUUGUAAAUGACUUCUUUACCUUGUAAAUGUGUCUGUUGAAGUACGACAUAUGUAUAUAUUUCACUCUGUACAUGUAUCACGUAAAUUAAUUUGCUGUUGAAAUGUUCUAAGUUAUCGCAGAUUAAAUGAAUACAAAUAAUUUUUUGGUCACA